UUCAAUUUUUGUUAUUUCUUUGAUUCUAAGAUGCAUUUAUUAUCUUAUGCAUUUUUGUGUUAAAAACGCUGACAAUUGCAUUUUACAUAUGCAGUCAUUGAGUAGAUUGAUUUUAAUAAGUAGAUAAUUAAACAUUUUAAAUGUCUUAAACCAAUAUUAUGAUGCUUCAAAGAAGAAUUAUUACUGCCUAUAUGCAGAAGAGCAUGGAAAUGAAGCCAUCAACCAUUAUGUCUUUUAUGAUUUUUUAACUUGUUACCCAACAAAGUUUAAUAUUGUGUCCCUUUAUAAUUUGAUUUUAAAAUCACAAUGCCUCUUAGAAUUGAAGAUAUAUGAAUGAAUCAAAUAUAUAUGAAUGGAUCAAACAAUUACCAAAUAGGAUUUUUUUUUCAAUCAAAAACUAGUGUUCAAUUUAUUUCAGUUAUUCAAUCAAUCAUCUACAUACAACCUUGUACAGCAGCAAAAAAGUUUAUUAAAUUGAAAAAAAAACUAACAUUUUAGAUCAUAUUUAAUGACCUUCAUCGGCCGACAUCAUGAAGGAAAAAGGUGCUCAAAUGAUAAUUGCAAUUGAUGUGGGAAGUCAAGAUGAAACUGAUCUUACAAAUUAUGGUGAUACAUUGAGUGGUUGGUGGUUAUUAUGGAAGAGAGUGAACCGCUGGACGUCUCCAAUCAAAGUACCAAAUUUUCAAGAAAUACAGUCACGUUUGGCUUAUGUGUGUUGUUCAAGACAACUCGAACAAGUAAAACAGAGUGAUUAUUGUACGUAUCUUAGACCACCUAUUGAUAAAUAUGCGACUUUACAAUUUAAAAGCUUUGAUGAAAUAAUGGAAGUUGGUUACAAUUAUGGGAAAAAUUAUUUUAAUGAGAACAAAGCAAAGCAUCAUGGACCAUUAUGUAAUUACCAAUCUUCCAAUCAACACCAUCUAAAUUUUCAGUCAGGGAAAAAUUUGUGUGGUGCUUCGUUUAUUGAUCUAACAGAAAGGGUGUGCAAGAUUCAAUCUCCAAGGCCAUCACAACUUUCAGACUUCUCAGAAGAAGAAGAAUACGAAUAUGAAAGAGAAGCUACUUCGGAACCCGAACCAGAUCUAUUAUUAGACACUGAUAGGGAGGAUGAGCUUUCUCCCACAAACUCUCAACAAAUAGGCUCUCUAUCAGAUGUCGAAUAGAUCGUCUCGUAAUUAUUUAAAGUUAAUUUUAGUGCCAAUAAGUUAAGAUUAAAUCUUACAGAUUACUAAAAUAAUUUCAGUUGUUUUAGUUUUGAUUUCUCUGCAAAAUUAUAACUAAAAAGCCAAUUUUCAUAUUAUAAACAUAUUAUGAUGAAAAAU